CUCCUAAACUGUGGUAAACAGAGUGAGUGGUUACCGGUUGUAUGUUGUACAAAGCUACUUUUAGCAAUAGCAUGGCUUUAUCUGCUAAGAAAGAAGAGCUGUCUCUGGAUGAUGUCAUCUUUAUGGUUGUUAGCUAUGCAUGCAAGGAUUUUCUGCGUAUUGCUGUAGUGUUUGCACACUAUGGAGCUGGGAUGAUAAAUGUUGAGGUUCUGGAUGAGGGAAUGAUUGCAAGCGUUUCAAUCGUCAUUGGCAAAGUAUUGCGCACUACUAAUGAGCUUACGAUUCUUCGGUUUUUUGUGAGCAUACGGAAAAAUGUUUAUUUCACCGAAGUCCCAAUUUUUGUUUCUGAGCGAGAAGUUGAAAAACAAUCGGUGUUUGCUAACACUAUAAGGCAAAAAAGUUUUUUCACUUUUGCAGUAAUUGUAACCUAUUUGCAAUAUGCCUCUAGCAACUGGGAAAUGAGUGCUCCGCAGCUAGCAACUACCUCAUAUCUUGAAAUCAAAUGUAUUGAUCAGCAGCCCCUUGUGUAUUGCAUAGAUAUUGAUAUCCCCAUUGUGGAUUUUAAUGGAAUCUCAUUUGUUAAUUUACCUAAAGACAAAGCAACAAAAAGCGACAAAAAAGUAAACAACAAAAAAGAUAACAGCCACCUUCUGUUGAAAUCUCCUGAAAGCACUUAUCUUUUGAUUGUGUCUAACAGAAUACUCACCCAAAAUGUUUCACUAUCUAACUCUACUGAUACUGCAUUAAGGCUCUCCGCAGAUACAAGAAACGGUUAUGACUAUAUCUUGUCUGUUUGCAGCAUGGUCUUGGUCUACGUUGUAGUCAUGGUUGAAGGUAUGCCAGCUGCUACCCAAACACUCCAAGACACAGCCAAUGUUGCACUCAAGCGAGCUAAACGUAGCUUGAGGUCGUUUGUGGUCGACCUGAAAGGAGGCCCUAACACUGGCUAUUGUGCUGACAUGAGUUUUGGAGAAUCAGGUGCUACACAAGAGUUUUGUAUGCUUGUUGAUACUGGAAGCUCCAACCUAGCUGUAGCUGCUACUCCACUACCAGGAGUUAAAGAGCAUCUCAACACACUCACACAAGAUAGUCUUACCAAUACUGAAAAGCCAGUGACUGUGACCUAUUCUGGUGGUAAAUGGAGUGGAACUUUAGUGCGGGAUGUUGUAUCGAUUGGAGGCGCUCCAAAUGUUGAGGUGGAGUUUGCACUCAUACAGUCCUCAAGUAUGUUCUUCAUACCCGGAGCCGAGUGGGUGGGGAUAUUGGGACUAGCUUAUGACUCUCUUGCUAAGCCCGACUCUUCAGUCACACCUUUUUGGAGUGUCCUUCAUCAAUUCUCAGGGCUUAAUGACAUGUUUGCUCUGAGGAUUUGCCCACCAAUAAACUUUGCUAACCAAGGAGGGAUACUGGAAUUUGGUGACAUCAGUGACACCUUAUACACUGGACCUAUUCUGUACACAAGUGUAGUCGAGGAGCUCUAUUACAAUGUGCUGGUGACAAACCUAACCAUUGGAGAUGUCAAGAUAGACCUUCACUGUAGUCAAUUCAACAAUGACAAAGCUAUUGUGGAUUCGGGAACCACUGACAUUUAUCUUCCAUACAACACAUUCGCUGCUAUAGUGGCUGCUUUUAAGAAACAUUUCAAGAAACAUGUGCCUUUGGAAGUGCCUGAUAGUUUUUGGCAAGGAGGUUCAAAGCUUUCCUGGCCAACUGUUAGUAAAGACGUUCUUUUUGAGGCCUUCCCGACAUUCUACAUUGGACUCGCUGAAGAUGGGGACUCCAGCAGUGAAUUUGCAUUGGCUGUCACUCCACAGACAUACCUCCGUCAGGUGUCUGGCUCACAAGAAGAGAUGGAAGAAACUGAAUGUCUACCUCAGUGUGAUUUCUAUGUCUUGGGAAUAAAAAGCCGCCAAAAAGGCAUGGUGAUUGGAGGGAAUGUGAUGCUUGGAUUUACUACAGUGUUUGAUCGAGAGAGGAAAAGAGUAGGAUUUGCAAAAUCAACAUGCAGCUAUGCUGAUACCACUCCUGGACAUAUUCCGUACAUAACAGGGCCAUACCCAAGAGAGCCAGUGGACUGUGAGUGUUACGGUUGCUCGAGGACUCUUGCAUACUGGGAGUGGAUUGUGUACGUCUGUGGGGCCCUCGUUUCACUCAUAUGCAUCACCUCCGUUGGAUACACAGUUAUCCUUAAAUGCUAUCGACAAAGAUUCCGUAUCUCAACCUGUUGUCGUAGAGGCUGUACCUGUACUAACUGUGACAGAAGGAACAUGUACAGCGCUAGAAACGUCAUUGCUACAGAGGAAACAGCUGUGUCAUUGGAGAGGCAGAGCUCAUCCCUGAGUGAGGAUUCUGGCAUUGACAGCCCUUUUGUCUCAAGAAUUUCAGGCUAUUCCGAAGAGGAGGAUUCAUCGACUGCUGCUAGUGUUGUGAGCCCCUCGUUUGUUACAAACAACCGUAACUCUAACGAUAUUGCACUGCUAACAACUAAGCAACACAACCCUGUUCUCACAUAUCUACCAGAUAUGAAGACACUGCAACUGUCAGCAUCGGUCAUCACAAUUUGGUUAUCUUAAUGCUGACUGUUAAUUUUUGUUUGGUUUUCUUUACACUUAACAUUAUAUCAAGGGCGUAUCCCCUUGAUUAUAUUAAAUGUUGCUUAUGCACGGUCAUCACAAUUUUGUUAUCUUAAUAAUGCUGGACUGUUUAUUGUUUGAUUUACAAUAAUUAUAACAUGUAUAUAUGUAUAUAUAAAACAAAAACAUUUUUGUUGAAAUUAA